AUGCUGAGUUUGCCGUCCCACCCUCAUUUCCGGCACUCUUUAUUACCUGUAUGGGUCUUUUCUUUGCAGGUCUAUGAGCUGAACAAAACAAACGAAUAUUUCCCCAUUUCUUUCAGGCUUCAUAAUGCUUCAGCGGAGUUCCUCUUCCCCGGGACAUGUGUAUGGUCUUCCAGGGAAGCGGGCAGUCAGAAUCGUUGUUUCAGGCACUUCGCCCCAAUUUUGAAAACUCCAACGAAAUGGCCAAGACUAUUCACUUUCAUGUUUCCACUACUCGAACUAGGUUUCAUAACGGGGAUUCUCGACAGCCUCGGGUUACGUCCUUAUUUGGUGAAUACUAUUGUUUUUAUUCGGCUCCGAGGUCAAAUCGAGGUCGUUUAUAUUCUUAGCCCAAACCAGGAGUCAAGCAAGUAUUCUGGUUAUUCUCAUCCGCACCAGGAUCUCACCGUUGCCGACCUCUCUUGCCGAUUGAGUAUGUCUUUUGGGCGCAAGCAAGCAUUUCAGGUGACGCCUGAGAGAUUGAGAAAAGGCCUAGGCCAAGAUGAGCUCUUGGUCUGGGGCUCCCUUCGCUGCUUACUUCACCAUCUUCUUUUUGGUGGAGGAUUGGAGCUAAGCAAGCAUUGGACGGCAGGUUGGCCUCAUAUCCACGAAUUCAACAGCUUUUUUAGAGCACUCAUCAUAUGCCCACAACUAGCUUGUUCCCCCACUCAUGUUUUCAAUUUUAAGUGGAGAGUGUACGUAGCACCCAAAGGGUUUCGAUUCUAUGACCACCAUAUUGUAGCUAUUUUUGUUCCUGGCGGCGUCCCCAGGCGCCAACGUAUGGGGCUCACAGAGUAUUUCCAUUUGAGAGUCUACCUAGGGUCACUUGCGUACCCAAUUUUGAGGCUCUACGCUCAUAAAACCAAUCAAUUUACCGAGUGGACCAUUACAGAGGAGAUGUAUUCCUCUAAGACAGUAUGGAGGAAGGAAGAGGGGGAUAAUGUACGGGAUGGUCUAUGUGCCCAUAGCAUAUUUGCACCCAAGGCGGAACAUGGGUCGAGUACUUCAAACACGACAGACAGAAAGUGGAGCUCAAGGGAGUUUUCCAUAAAGUAUAACGAUGCAAGAUCGCCUCGGAUCGCUAUCCAAUCCAAUUUCUCUUUGGUAUAUCCAAAUCCAUCUCCCAAUACUAAAACACCGCUAGCGAUCAUAAACGUCGGUAUCAUGUAA